CUGCGAGACACUGUACGAUACUGUAUUUCGAAUUGAUCUUGCAGCUUCUGCCGCUGCGCCAAUUGCUCACCGACUGACUGCUACCUCUCACUACAGAUCGUGCUCUCACCCAGACGUCAAGCAGCUGCACCGCGACAGGAUACCGCUGCGACCAAGUCUCUCUCACUACUUCAUGCCUCGUUGUUGCAGUCCAACGGGUGCUCUGAUCUUCCGCUUCAAACUCUCUUUUGUCUCUGCAAUUUGCUUCAACUUCAAAGAUUACUCUCUUCCCUGCUGACAGCUUCAUUGACCUACCGCUGUGGUCUUCUGCUCUUCGAUUCAACCACUACUGGAUCGAUUGCUAGUAUGAACCCCACGAAUAUCAUGCUCGCUGGUCUGCUGCAGUGUGCACUGGCCCACUAUCACUCGCCGGCAGCUACUGUUAACCUCGACUCUCUGUUCCAGCACACGACCUCCAGAAACCACAAGGUAAUCUCACAAGCCGUCGACUUUGUCGUUUCAAUGCAGACAGCGCCAACAUGCACACGAAUGGCUGCGUCACACCUCAUGAAUGAAUGCAAACUCCUAGAACACGCACCAGACUUCGCGAAGAGUCGACCAGAAGCGUACUUAGAUAAUGUCAAAACCGAGUAUGCUGCCAAGCUGGCAGUGUGCGAACUCCUGAGUGCGCAGCCUCCAAGCACCGCUUCACCGCCACCACACUGCGAUAUUCUUGUCCCGUCAAGUCGAGCAUGCAGCAGAGGGAGUUGGUGGUCUCAAGCGCCUCCCAAUCCCGACAAACAGUGCUACCCCGAGUACAAGGACUAUCAGUAUAGCCAGUGUCUCAAGACACUGCAAUCUUCGCCACAGUACUGGACGUCCUUCAGCAAUGCACGACAAAACGCCGUCGUCAUGUGUCAGGCCAGCAGGGAUGCCAUUGAGCGCGAGAACCACCUCGAGAUAUUCAAGAACUUGACCCAAGUUAUCGGCGUUGUGUCUUCUAACAUCAAAGAGACCACUGACGAAUACGCGUCUCUGCUGCAAGAUCAAAAACGAUUCGCAGAUGAGCUUCGCAAGACCCAGAGCCAGUUUGAGGAGGACGUUGCAGUAGUGCAAGAGAGAGCACUAUCCGCGGUCAGCAACCUGGACAGCAAGUUCCAAACUUUUCUGGAAGGCUCCAUCUCCCAACUCAUCACCGCGCUUGCUGAUGGUCAGAGCGCUGAGCUCGUUCGCAUACGACAUGAAAUGCAGGCAUUCUCACAGGAUAUGAUCGCUGAGAACUCUGAGCUUGCAAAGUCACUCACUACUGAACUGCAACAACACCACGACCGGGCCAUCAUAAGCCUGCAGAUCAAUCACGCAGCUCAGGUGGAUAGUUACGAGGUGCUGUCUGGCUACAUGAGUAGUGUUCAAAAUACCGCCAGCAGCAUCAACGACACUGCGGAAUCCUCUCUGGCAACGAUUGUCACCAUCGCCCACCAGCUAGACAGUCUAUCAAGCAGAGCCGAGCACAUUGCCAGAGGCUUCGCCUUCUUCGGCAAUCUACCGCGAUUUGCGGCCUCCCUCGUCCGCGGCCUGAUCGCAACAGCCGGGGCAACCUUUAUUCUUAUCAUGCUCUACCAAUUCAGCAGACGGCUUGCCAUCUACGUCGCCGGCGCCGGCAGUGCCGCAUACUUCCUCCACUUCUGCGGCGUGUACGAGCUUCUAGCCCUCAUCCCAGCUCACAUGUCUGGACCCCAUCGUCCUUCGUCUCCAGACCCGUUCUCCAAUCUCAGCGCGACGCAGAAAGGCGCCGGCGCCGUUGUGUUCCUCUGGCUCGCUACAUACCCCGUCUCGCGCAUCAGCACAGCCAUCAGCCACGCCUUCGUCCGCGUCCUCGGCUCCUACUGGGUCCGUCGGUACAGCAACGAGGGCGGCGCGGGGCUCCUGCCGAGCGUCGAGAUUCCGAGCGUGGCAGCGCGCCGCAAGGUCGAUGCGCUGGAGUCCUGUACCAGUGCCAACUGCGCGCAUCGAGACGUGUCAUCUCCGGUCGAGCCUUGAUGGCGCGCAGGAAGAAGUUCAGCAACACGACAUUUUUUUUCAUACCGGCCAUAUACCCUGAGUUAUACUUUGCGAUUAUCUGCAGCGCUAUCGACAUCGCGCAAUCAUCGACGUCUUAUCUUUCCGCCGGCGUUUAGGAGCAUGGCAAUGUCUCGGCGGAUCAGAGGGUGUGGCUUUUUUGAUAACCAUGGGGGGAUUUAUAUGC